AUGGGACACCUCGCUGUGCCCACUGCUGCAGCACUGCUCUGCCAGCUGGGGCUCACCACGGCCAUCCAGUGGCUAGCAUUGGCAGAGAACGGCAGUAGAGUGACCUGGGAUGAAAGCCACCACUGCCGGCUGCUGGCUGGGCUCGUGCCCAACCAGGUCCAGAUGUGCCGCAGGAACCUGGAGGUCAUGCACAGCAUCGUCCGGGCUGCCAGCGAGACCAAGAGCAUCUGCCAGAAGACCUUUGCAGGCAUGAGAUGGAAUUGCUCCUCCAUCCAGCGUGCCCCCAGCUUUGGUCCCGACCUGCUGAAAGGGACCAGGGAAUCCGCCUUUGUCCACGCGCUCGCUGCCGCCGCCAUCGCACACUCCAUCGCCCAAGCCUGCGCCUCAGGGUCACUCCCGCUCUGCUCCUGUGGCUCUGUCCCCUCUGAGGUCCCAGGGCUGGACUUCAGAUGGGGCGGCUGCGGGGACAACCUGCGCUACGGCCUCCAGCUCGGCGCUGCUUUUGCUGACAGCCCCCUCAAAUCCAGCAGGCUGGGAAUGCAGGCUCUCAGGGCCGUGAAUCGGCAUAACAACGUGGCGGGCAGGCAGGUGCUGAGUGAGUCCCUGGAUACCACGUGCAAAUGCCACGGUGUUUCAGGCUCCUGUUCGGUGAAGACCUGUUGGAAGGCGCUGCCGAGUCUGGGUGAAAUCGCCUCCGAGCUCAGGUCCAGGUACCUGGCAGCCAUCAGGGUGAGCCACCGCCUCGUGGGGCGCAGGAAGCAGCUGAAGCCCACAGAAAUGGACAUCAGGGUGGUGAGAGAGACUGACCUGGUAUAUCUGAUCAACUCCCCCGACUACUGCACGCCCAAUGUCCACCUGGGGUCUGUGGGGACACAGAAUAGGCAGUGCAACAAGACAUCCACGGGCAGUGACGGCUGCAACCUGCUGUGCUGUGGCCGUGGCUACAAUGCUUACAUGGAGGAAGUGGUGGAGAGGUGCCACUGCAAGUACCACUGGUGCUGCUACGUGGUGUGCAGGAAAUGCCGGCGGCUGGUGGAGAAAUAUGUCUGUAAAUAGCAUGGGGCAUCACAGCAGGCAGCAGGACUUGUGCCGUGUCCUCCAGCGUGCAGCUGGAGACUGGGAACCAUCUGCAAGCAGUGCUCUGAAGGGGACUGUGCUGCAAGACUGGAGUCUGGAACUACAACAGAAGACCUCAAACUGGGUGAUGAUGGCAAGCCUCAAACCAGAGGGUGACCUCUGCCCCAUCUCUCCAGAGCGAGACAAAGGGCUGCCCUCCUGCAGCUGAUCAGCAUCCGGCCCUCUGUCCCCAGCUGGGGACAACUAUUUAUCACUUGGCACACAGAGGAGAAUGGAGACCCUGCACUGCCAUUGUCCUCUUGCAGGAGGUUUUUGACAGUGGCCUGAAAGCCAGGAGUGAUGGAUGAGAAGAGGGGUAAAGAGCUGUCCAUGUGGGGAAGGCUGCAGGGAAGAAAGCUCCUGAGGGUGAAGGGGUCCUGGCAGAUCCUCUGGGGCCAGGUUUCUGCUGUGGGUUCACCCAACACCACCGAAUGUUCCUCCUCAUGGGCAAACCUGUUCCAGUGCUUUUUGCAGUGUCUGAAAUAAAGAGCAGAGGCAGAUCCAGUUAUGUCUCCAGGAGACAGAACUCGUUGCUCUCCUCCACGACCCGCAUGGAGAUGGCUGCAGGUCUCACGGUGACAAGACUUCAGCUGUGGCUGAUGGCAGCACACAGGUCUGCGGGCAGGAGCAGUCCUGAGCAGGGAACAGUGGCAGAACUGCACCUCAGCCGCAUGCUCACAAGGCAACCACAGCAGCACUGAAGCUCUGCCCCUUGCGUUUACCUUGGAGGUGGAAGCCCAUUCAACCUGUGGUGUCCUUCCUGCCUCUGCUUUCAGAUUUCUGACACUUCAGCUGCUCCUUCCACCCCCUGACCCCAGGUGUGCUGGCCCUGGCCUGGAGAGAGGACAGGAUUCCAGGGUCCGGAGGAAAUAAGAAUGACUCUUUAGUCUCAAUGUUAAGUGUGAUUCCGGUGUGUGUUGUUUAAAUAAAUGUACCAUACCAUGCCUCUCUGACAGACCUACGUGUCACCUCCUCCCUCCAUCCCCUUGGCAUUCAGCUGGCCCCAGAGGGCACAAGGCUGGAAGGAGUGUGUGAAGCACAAAGCAUAAGGUUCUGGUGGCUGGAAACAGAGGCAGUUGGGGCUCAUUUUCUGAUCCUCAUGCAUAUGGGUUGGAACACAGUGUGCAUCGUGGAUGGGGUCCUGAUUCACCUCUUCCUCCCUUCAGUUGCCAUGACUGCUUCUAACACAGGAGACAGAGAAAUGCUUGCAUGGAAUGAGAGAUUCCAGUUCGUGCGACCUUUGGAGAGAAGGGAUGAACUUAAACAUACGUGUGCUGAGGAGAACCCGCAGCAUGAGGAGUGCAGGUAGAUGCGCCUGAGAUCCCAGGACGGCUUCCUGCAGCUCCCACCACGGCCUAGAGACUCUGGCAGCUUUGCGUGCGCCUUGUGUAAUUUGUGGUUUGCGCUGAAUGGAGCUGGCUGUGCUCAGCCCCGAGUCCAGCUGUAAGAUUACUCAUUUCCAUAUUCAUUCAAUCAUUUUUAACAGCCUCAGCUGGGUCACAGAAUCAAUUCAUAAGCUUUUAUUGUAAACCAUCCCCGCCAUUUAAUGUGCUCCAGGUUUCUCUAUUAACAAUGAGUAAGAGCUGAGAGUCCAAGGUGGCUUGAAACAAGGCUGGGAGCUGGAAGCCGAAAUCCUCAGGAGUGAAGCAUAUGCUCACAUAGCUAACCAAGUGAGUUAACCAUCAUUAUCAGUUGUUAAUGCAGCAUUGACUCGGUCUGGCUGCUGACAUACAGCCUUCCCAGAGCCACAGGAAGGCCGCAGCUGUGAGGCUUCCGCCGCAGCUGCUAGGGCUGAGGAGUUAUCUCCCUUUUGUCUUUUAAAAUACAAUUAGGAGUUAGUCCCCAGCAUUCCUCAAAAAGGGAGGCUUCAGCUGCAACCCAGCUCCAUGCCCAGAGCUGGGCUGAGUACAGAGGUGAUGCAGGUACUUAAUUAGGAGGAUUGCUUAAAUACCUUCCCCAUAACCACCCCACCCCCCCCCAGUGCAAGAUCAGAGGGAGGUGAAACUGGGAGGGGCUGUGAACUCCUCAGGGCAUUGCAAAAUGAACUGGGGUGAGGAAAAGAGGGGAAGGAUACUGUGAAGAGACAGAUGCCGCCAGGAGGGUGGGAAAUGUGAUUUGCAUUUGGUAACUGCAAACACACAACGCCUGGGGUGGAGGAGAGGAGCCACAAAAGCUAGGAGUGCCCUGGGGAGAUGUCGUGAUCCCCUCCUAGAGAGGUCCUGUUUGAAUAUCUGCCUGGGAAAAGGCAGGGUCAAGGGCGGAAUAUGCAGAGCCCUCUCCUCCUCUUGCUGCUUGCAUUCUCUCUGCAGGCCCAGCAGGGAAGGGCUGCAGGGGCGGCUGGCAGUGGGAUGCUGGGCUCCGUCUAUGUCCUGCGGGAAACGGGGAAGUGCUGUAAUUAGUUGAAGAGUGCAAAGGGGUCAGGCUGGCAGGAGGGGCUGCGGUGGGGGUGGUGGCAGUUCACUGACAAUGUUUAGAAUGGGAAGUGCUGCAAUCUGAGUUUGCAGCUGGAAUUUCCAGCCUCGUGAGAUCUGCAAGGCUGGAGGAGUCUCCUCAGGACUGGGAGCCAGAGCUAGGCAAAUGAAAUGCAGCAAGAGAUUGAGAGGGAAGAAACCAUCUGCUUGGCCCCAGGGUCUGCUGGGUGUAUUUUCUCUCUCUAACCCUGCCAGGGCAGGCAAGCCAGCAGAAGGCUGCCAAGGGAACACAGAGCCCUGUUCCUCCAGGCCAGCGCAAGCACCCGUCAAGGUAAAAGAUGGGAAAACUUGGACCCUGACACCACACUCGCAUGGCUUCCAGCACCCAUCAGUGUGACGCUGCCAGAGAAAUCAGUGCAGGAGGGCUUUUCCUUAGCUGCCUACAACUUCACUUCCUCCACGAACACCUCAGGGGGUGGUAGGUGCCUCUUCAGGACCUGAAUUCAGCUGGACAAUGGUGGCAGCAGUGUCCCUAACACUCUAACAAUUAUGGCUUUGCAGCCCUUCAGACACAUCCUCCCUUGUUUCUUUUGCCCCCACUUUCACAGUCAGCCCUCUCCAGACUGUGGCAGGCUGCUGUCACUACCCUCUGCUUCACAAACCCUCAUCGGGCUCACUGCUAAUUGACAGAUCUACCUCUUUGACUUCACUGUCAUUACCCAUUUUCCCCAUGUCUCGUGGCUUUUUGUUUAUCAGUCCCUGGAAAUGAGACUCCCGGAACUGAAUUCCCUAUGGUCAUGGCAGAAGUUCUUCACUUUCCAGUGCUGUGAACUGACAUGGGAGAGAUGGCUCUGAAUGUAGCUCAUGCACAGAAGAAAACCUUCCCUCUCCAUGAAACGUGAUGACAACCAGACAAAGAGUUUGCUCUGAAAAGCCUCCUCUCUGUUAUUGCUUGACUUUUGUGUUUGAAAAGAGUAAAACAGGUGUGAACGAGACUAUUCUCUGCUGGUUAAGGAUGCUGCUUAACUAAUCCUAGGAGGACAAACCAAGCAAGGGCAACAAGCCUUUGUUAAUUAGCAAAAUCUAUGUGGGAAGAAUGGCGCUGUGUUCAAGAACGCUCUGGGAUAUUUCUUCUGUACAGCCCUAGGCUGCAGCUCUGAGAGGAGAGUGCUUGAAGACCUCCACCUGCACCAGCACAGCUCCUUCCUUCUGCUGGCCCACAGAAAGCUGAGCCAGAACAAGGGGAAGGCACAACUGAGCCCACUGUUAGCGCUGUUGAUCAAUGCCUGUUCUGUUGUAAGGAUCUGGGGAAUGUUACCUUGACCUUUGCUGCUUACAGUAUCACACCACCAGAUACAAAUAUGAGUGAAGACUUGUAUUUAAGGAAAAACCCUUGCCUCUUUGUUCUCCUUUAUUUCUAGAGCGUUCGGCAAUGUCAUGAAGUCCUGAGGACAACAAGUAACAAACAGGGAUUGCCCUUGUGGGGAUCUUCAACUGAGAGAUGUAGGUGAGUAACAGACAUAAGACCAGAGGGGGAACUGGUUCGCAGUCCGAGGGCUCUUGAGCAUAGUUUAAAGGGCAGCUGCAGUAAUGGCUGUGCUGGAUUCAGAGAGGAAGGAGUCUUCCAUCCCUUCUUUGAGGCUCAGCAGGUUGGAAACCCUUCCAGCUCUGCACCCUGCAGUUCACCAAGUUGCAGGGUAAAAUUCCCAGAUGCAAAAGGCUUCUACAGAGAACGGCACUCCAAAGUUAAAACCUCCCUCGGUGCUUGGUUGUUGCUCUCCAGAACAAAAUCCAUGUGUCAGAGAGCUCAGGAGCACAGUGCUACCUGCUUCUGUUCCAGCACUCUGUGGCCUUCUCCAACCAUCUUUCUGCCAGUACAGAAAAGGUGCUGUGGUCUUCUUGUUGAAUGAUGAAAUAGUACUGCCUCUGAAGGCAGUCAGAAAGUGGGAUAAGGCAGGAUGGGGACUGCAGAACAGCCACCUCUACAAAGCAGAAGCAGGCACAAGCCCAUGAGCUGCCCAGGGUCUCUAUGCCAUGGGGCUUUUUCAGGCAUGGCGUGGUAGCACAGCCAGACAGAUUUUGAGGACUUUCUCAGUUUGCGUAUGUGUCAGCCUUGACCACUGCGCAGUGGAGCAAGGGAUUUCCAGGCGUGCUUCUGUCUGGCUGGAGCAUUACUGGUGUGUGCUGUGCUGUAGGGGAUAGCAGGAGCUCAGACACCUUCCAGGAAGGCUGGAUGCACUUGUAAUAUGCUGGUGCUGCCGGGGAGCACCAGGCAGGCCUUCUGGUUGUGCACUGCCAGAUGUUCUGCACAUAUGCCUUAAAUGCAAUACUACACCACAGCGGUCCUAGGUUUACUACCUGUAUAGCGGAAAGCAUGAGGGCAUGUUUCAUGGCUGAGACACAUAAGAGCUUUCCAGAAUCUGGGGCAAAGCUGGGCUCUAGACAUUGACUUGAUGCUGAAAACCUACCACACCAAGACACCCAAUAGAAUGGGAGAGCAGGAGAGAUCAAUCCCACUUGCAAAAGCCUGGACACUCCUCCUUUUCACAUGUAGCAGGAUCAGUCAGAGUCACCACUUCUGUAGUCAGGGGCUUGCUGGGUAAUCACACCUGGCAAAGAAUCAUUUAGUAUUCCCCUGUGUUGAGAACACCACCUCUAUAAUUGGAAGAGGCAGCUCAAAAAAAUACCAUGUCCUGCCAGGCAGUCUUCAGUCUGUAAGAGAACAACAUGCAUGGGUACGUGCCGUUCAUUAUAUUGAGGCUGAAGAGUAGACAGACCACGGGCAAUCUGGUCACUAGCCCUUACUGACUUCAUGCUCUGCAGUGUAAGUGAAGCCUGUUCUUGACCAUUUGGAACAGCAGACAAAACCAGGGGUAAUUAACUGCUAGCAAAGAGCUGUAGGAGCUUCCAACUAGCAAACAGGUUCACCCACUUGGCUCUUGCAAGUGGCCCACUUGGCUCUUCCUUCUCUAUCUUGGAGGAAACAGGGCUUUACACAAAUUUCCUGCUCUCUCAGCCCAGCUUGCCUGGUGAGCAGUGAUAAUGCGCUGCUCGAGGCCAGUCCUGUGCUGCCACUGAUAAUCUGGGUCAAAACUGACUCCUCCCUCUUUUCCCAGUUCUAAAGGGAGGGGAAGCAGGCUGAGGUCCCGUGCUCCAUCAUCAGCCUAUGCACAACUGUUUGGAGAGCAAGUAGAUAGCUCCUUGUGAACCCGUCUGGCUUGUUCUGAGAGGUGAAGGCCUCCAAGAAGAAUGUCCAAAGGAGAUGUUUAAUCUUUAACAAUAGAGAUAUCCUAUAGGCAAUGUGAUCUCUGAACCACUUAGAGGCUAUCUCGAUAACACAAAGGUGAAGGAGUUCACUCCAGCAUUCUCUAUUGCUCUGAUCCUCAAAACGUUGUUGAAAUUUAGAAUCUUGGUGGGGUGAUGAUGAGAUAGGUUUACUGUGGGUUUUAACUAAUGCACACAAAGGUGAAAGAUGCUAUAUCAACUGUAGUGCUGCCUUUCUAAUGAAAGUGAACUGGCUGUAAUUGUUGGGGAUUUCACAGUAUCUGCUGCUGGUGAGGAACAAAUGGCUGUAGAUUCCUGGCCCUGUUUUACUUCCAGUUAUUACAUUAAUUAGUUUUCCCACCGCUGGACAUAGUGUUCUUUACUUCCUGUCUUGUGUGCAGGAAUACCACAGAAUGAUGUGUUAAGCUGUUGACAUAGCUCACACCACUGGUGUCUGUGUUUUCAGUCGAAAAAUGGUCACGCAGAGGGAGGAGGACAGAAAAGUAAAACCAUCGAGGUGUACUCAGGACACAGCAUACAUGAACCUAAACCCACAACUCUUCAGCUUUUAUGAUUAACUUUUUAUCAUGCUAUCUCAUGUACGCACGAAGAAAGCAAAUAGAGCGAAUCAUAAACUGACUCAUCUGUGGAAACGGAGUGCUCCCAGCCUGCCCUGAAUUAUUGUCACACCGUAUAAAUUUAUCACAUCUAGGUCAAUGACUUGUAUCAUGUUUCUGUGUUUGUAAUAGUCCAAGCUUUAACCCUUAUCUGUCUUACGCCUGUUUUAAUUUCAGGGGUACUGUCAUAAGGGACUCGGGAGCUAACCAAAGAAAAGAACACAUGGAGAAGAAACAGCAGUAGGCACUGCACCUGAACAGAAAAACACGGCGCUACGCUGCCAAGUGUCCAUGCUGUGUUGCAUGGAUGCUCUGUCACAUUCCAGUCCCAGGCUGUGCAGUGGUGUUUGUGUGCAGAACAAGCCCAUGGUGUGUCCCAGCCUUGACGUCCCCAGGUGCCAUCAAGGCUCGUCCAAGAGCAGGAGAGGACCACAAGAAGCACCUGCCCUGAACCUGGGGCAGGACACGCUGCCUUUCUCACCACACACUUCUGUGGUUGCAGUGAUUUGGGGGCAUCUGCAGGGACCCAUGGCAGCUGUGCUGCCUGGCGUGUGGGUGUCACGGUGAUGGCUUGGCUCCCUCUGGUGCAGCCACAUGAGCAAAACACGGUGGCUGCACCCAACCCAGGGAGCUGAGCCCUGCAGGGCUACCAACGUGAGGUUGUAGGGCACGGCAGCUCGUUAUCCUGAUCUUUGGUUGGGUUUGGCAAGACAAUAUUGAUUACAGUGAUGGUUCCUGAUUCUGGAACAAACACAUUCAAUUCCAGCUUGGCUCCUGCUGCAGAGUGCUGCACUGUGCUGUGUGGGCAAACUCUGGCCUUCUGCUGUGUUUUUUAUUUAAUUAAUGGAAAUUAAUGGAGAUAAUGGAAAGAGACUCACACCACUGAACAAAUGGGAACAAAAACAGGAAAACAAUCAUCUCCAGAGGAGUGGAUAUCGCAGCAAGAGUCAAAUAAGAGUGAACUGGAGGGGCUUGGGGCAAUCUGGGAUGAACAAUUUGAGUGAGACAUUAUCUCACGUUACUACAAAAUACACUGGGGCCUAAAAACAGGGGCAGCUGCUGCCACGCUUGGGGUGCACUUGAAUUGGAGGCUGAGAGGUGAGCAGAUCUAAAUAGGUGUGUUUUUAAUUUUGAUUUGUCCCUCCGAUUUGUUUCCUGAUGCAACACUCUCCUUCGCGUUACUCUUUGGGCUCGGUUCUGAGUGGUCUUUUCCAAACUUAAUGAUUCUGUGAUUCCAGUUCUGCAGGAACUGUUUAGAGCCGAUGACACCGCGCAGUGACAAGCUGUGUUGGUGCUGAGCAGGCCCCGGCCCUGCUCCCUUCUCUGAGGGCAGACACAAUGCUGCCAGACAAUAACCACUGCUUUUGCUCUUUCACAGGACACCACCUUCUGUGCACUAAUCCAGGAGUUUGGAGAUAAAAGUGAGGGUAUGCAGCCUGUGAGGGACACAGCUCUUUGGGGUACACUUGUGCGGAGCCCCGGGCGCUGCCAGGCGGGCACCCAGCCCUCGCCGUGCCCU